AUGAGCGCCAGUGCUGCUGGGCCUUGUGCCGAACAGCGCAGUCCACAAGGCAACACGGUUUUCUUUCGCACUGGGGACUUAGGCAUUGUUGAUGAUAAAGGGCUACUGACGAUUGUUGGCAGGGCAGACCUGCAGGUGAAAGUGAAUGGUGUACGUGUUGAUGUGCUGGAGGUGGAAACAAGACUUGAAGAACAUCCAAUGGUGACCAGUGCUGCUGUCAAGGCGUGGCCGACCCCAGUAGCUGGAGGUCAAGUACUGGUCGCCUACAUUGUGCCCACUGCACUUCCUGCGCAAUACAAUGCAGGCACUGGCUCUGCUGGUGCCAAUGACUUCGAGAGCCAGCUAUUGUUUGACCAACUGCGCUCUUGGCUGGGUAGCAGUCUACCCCAGGCUGCCAUACCAUCCAGUUUUCAGAUUGCAACUCAACUGCCUAAGUCCUGCGCUGGAAAGGUUGCACGGGGCCAGCUGCCACCUCCCAACUGGGCCAACCACCAAGCACAUUGGAAACCGAAAUGGGGACAACAGAACAGCACAGUUGCACCACCGCAUCCAGUGGAAUCUGUGGAUUGCCAGCCAGUACAUUCAACAGAUGCCUAUCAUGAAACUCUGGUUACUUGCAGCCAGGCACCUCCUGAACAUGGCGGCCUUCGUUUCACCGAUGGCACUGUUAAGGGGAAUACAAGCCAAGGGCAGAUGGCGUCGUGUGGUCUGGAGCCAAUGGUGCUAUCCGCUUUCGCCGAUGUGCUUUGCUGGGGGGAUUUUAACCAACGUAAAGUUUCCAAUUUGGAGCCAACCAGCAAUUUCUUUCAGCAUGGUGGCACAUCACUCUCUGCCAUAUCCCUGGCCAGCAAACUGAAGGUGGAGCCGUCGGUGGUGCAUGCACUGCCAACCCCAAGAGAGCUUGCUCAGUUUAUUGCAGGUGGGCAUGAUGUGGCAUUGAAACAUUUGCACUCCCAACACCUCCGUAGCGAACAAGACACACGCAUGCCAUCCUUUGUUUGGCUGGAACAUCAAACAAGGCUUUGCCCAACGUCACAGGUGGGUGCCGUUGCACCAACGUGGACUUUGCGAAGAAGGGUGGCUGGGACUGGAGGUGAAUAUGUGGCCGGUGAUCCCAUUCUAGACGCUGUUGAUGGCCACAAACAAGCUGCAACAACAACAGUCACAUGCAUGCAAAGGAGCAAGAAGCCCAAGUUGAUGGAUUCCCACAGGAACCAACAAUAUCACCAGGCAACUGAACUGACAUCAGUCCAGCAUUGCUUUGUCUGUCCAAAGGACAGCAAUGGCAGGACUGUUUCAGACCAGGCGAACAUCUGGAACAGUCGCUUGGAACAUGGUGAUCUUAGAGGCUGCCAUUGCUAUUGUCUAUCCGGACUGAGCAGCAGCAAAUUGGAAGGAGGCCAUGGCCAUGUUGGAAUGCAGGCAACUGGCAGAGACGCAUGGCCUUUGUCAGCUGAUGGAGACGUGAGACUAUCCUUGAUUGCAACUCAAGCGCCAAGACCUCCACAAGAGGGGCAUACAUCACAGCCUCCAUGCCACAACAAUUGUGACGACGAGGGGAGCUUGUCAGCCCAAUGGUCGCACCAAAUGAGUCAAUGCGUUGAUGCCCCCCCUGUGGUCGUUCUUUUUCCUGCAACAGAAAAUGAAAUCCGCUGUGGUGCCUGUGCAAGCUGUGCUUGUGGCCUGGCUUUGGCCUCCUCACAUGGGGGUGAUGUUGCCUGCUUGAGCCUGACUUGCGGUGAUGUUUUAUGGACCACAAACGUUGGAAACAGAGCAGACGCCGGCCUGACUGUGACCAGUGACAUGCAGUCUGUUGCAGUGGCUUGUAGAGUUGGCACGAUCUAUUUCCUUCGCCUGGUAGAUGGCAUCGUUCUUGGCCAAGUGAACGUGGGGGGAGAGAUCAGGUCCCCCCCCUUAGUGGAUCCAUGGGAGGGGUACAUCUGGGUGGGCACACAUGGCCGUGACGUAGUUGCUGCAAUGUCACCUGGGAUCAUCGUGCUCACACAUCCAGUCCAGGAGCCGAUCUUGUGUUCCAUUGCUUUUGGUGGGCUCGAUCGUUGUGUGUAUGUUGCGACUCUCGGUGGAACAGCCAUGGCCCUGCGCUUCAAGGGUGGUAGAAGAGGUGCAGAUGAGGUGUGCACCAAGUGGGCGCACGAACUGGGGGCGCCUAUCUUCUCAUCACCGCAAGUUGAUGGGGCUACUGGAAUUGUGGUCUGCGCAACGGUGAAAGGAACGGUGGUAGCGAUUUCGGCCUCAUCAGGUGACCUUGUGUGGGCGAGGAACCUGCACGCCACUGUUUUUGCGCCUGCAAGCGUGUCUCCCAAAGGGAUGGAGGAGUGUGUUCUUGUACCAACCCAUGCUGGGUCUGUCCACUGUUUGGCGCUGGCGACCGGGGAAGUGAUGGCGGCGAUACACUUACACGAGGGCCCAAUUUCGAACCCCGUCUCUGCAGGCUUCUGUCUUCCUUGUUUGCACAGCAGCUCCUGUCCACUGAUGGGCGGCGCCCCAUCGGCUCGUUCGUGUGGGAGCGGUGGGCGUGAGAAUGAUUGCGGGGCAGUGGGGCCCGAGAGUGUCUGCCUGGUGGCUGUGUGCAACAAUGCUGGUUGCCUGGUGAUCCUGAAAAUGGUGCAUGCCCCCGAAUUAGCGGUGCAAGUAAUCGCGUCGUUGGAAUUUCCUGGAGAAGUGUUUUCAUCACCAACGAUUGCGGCAGGAAAGGUGGUGCUGGGCUGUCGAGACGACCGACUGUACUGCGUUGACUUGGGGGCCAUGAUUCAGAGUUCUUUCAACAAAGAGUCACAGUGA